CAGAAAUAACGGGUUUCGAUGAUGAAGUUUGUGAACGGCACGUACCGUGGUUGGCGCUACAUCUGAGCAAGGAUAUCGAAAAAGUUGCAAUGCUGUUAAAUGUUGCCUUGGUUGAAAUCGAGUCUAUUAAACGAGACGAACCCAAGCCAGAAAUACGAAACAUUAAAAUCCUUAACUCGUGGAGAAAUGCCGAAAUGAAGCUUGGAAAGAAACCAACGUGGGACAAAAUUCGUUUAUGCUUGGAAGAUGAAACCGUUGGACGGCUUGAUGUCAUUCGUGCUCUUUUGAAGGAAGACGAGUUGGAUAAAUCUGUUUUGGGGUGGCUUGCACCCCAAAUUGCAGCGAAGUUUCAAGCAUACGCUCGCGCUCUUGACAUGCCCGAAAGGGAAAUAGAUAUUUCAAGUCAGAAUUCUGCAGAUGUUGAGAGGAGCUGUAUGGAUCUUUUGGAAAGAUGGCGACGAAGGACAAGGUAUCCUAAAGUUGAAGACUUGAUACAAGCUUUAGAACAUGAUAUUGUGAUGAGGCCUGAUCUAGCCGAAAAAAUGAGAGAGAAGUUUUGUAAUCACGAAGACAAAGUAAGUGAUAAAGAUGGGAAUGUCCUUUGGUGUAUUGAUUUGAAUGCAAUGCAUGGGUAAGGGUCAACAUUACCAUAAAUUAGCUUUGCUUAGACUGGGCAACUCUAGUUCUUGCUGUGCUACACAUAGAGGUUCAGUAAAAAUCAUCCCUUAUUGAUCCAGUGGAGAAAGACAGAAUACCUACAGAAAACCUGCGGUAUUUGGUUGAUUUCGCUCUGUAUAUAACUACUCACAAUUACGCUUAAUUAAACGAUGAAGAAAUCUUUUUAUUUAAGGAUGAGGUCUGAGCCAGUUGGACAACUUGAGCAAGCCAAAGUUGAAGAUUUGAUACAAGCUUUAGAACAUGAUGUUACAAUAAAACCCGCAUAUAAAACCCUAGAUUUUCUAUGUUAACUUAAACAGGCUCUUAUGUAAAUGGUGCUUACCAGGAAAUUAGGCUAAACAGGUUCUUAAAUACGUUCUAAUUUUAUAAAUGUAUAAAACAGCUGGUUCUGAUAAUAUAGCCAUGAAUCUAAUAAAAAAUUCGUUUGAAUUUAUAGCUCAACCUCUUACCCAAAUUAUCAAUCUUUCGCUUUCAAUUGGCAUUCACCCUGAUUUACUAAAAAUAGCUAAGGUAAUUCCUGUAUUUAAAACCGAUAAUCCUGAAAAUUUUACAAAUUA